AUGACCUCUAUAAACCAUUACAAUAACUUGUGCCCUGUCACCCUUCAUUUCCCUGCUUCCACCUCUUGCCACUGCCCUGACCAUGUGCCGCCUAGGGAGCUUGGCGAGAAAUUUCAUGAAAAUAAAAAGUGCGAAAUUACCUCAAAUAACAACCCUACUAACAUCCUUAAUAAUCUCUGCUCUGGCCUUGAGACCUUUCUCGGCUUCAACUCUGCUAACAAAGGCUACAAUGGCACUGGGAUAGUGUACUCCGACCUUGAUAGGCUGUGUGACGGGGUGAUGGGAUUUUUGAGUGGUGUUCUCAGUAACAUCUACAAGCAUUUAGGGCAGCAUAAAAACACUUUAAAUGAUGCAAUUACGUCACUUAACACCAAUAAACACCUUGGUAAAAAAGGUUUUAAUGCUGCGAUUGUGAAGGUGGUCGCAGGGGUGCGGGGGUAUAAUGAUAAGGUGAAGAGGUCAAAUGAUGAUAUCAAGAGACCGAUUGAAACGCUAUUAACACAUGUCAAUGAAGAAGUUAUGAAGAAGGUAAGUGCAAUUUUAAAUGAUAAUGCUGCUUCAGGUCAGAAUACAUACAGUGACAAGGACAUCGAGAAAGUCAAGCGAGCCGUGACGGAGGCUACCAAUCUGGUCAAAACAUGCAUUGACUCGUCUAACGCCUAUUUAUUUGGCAUAGACAGCCAACGAAAAAACAUAAAUGACUUAAAUCACGAAUUAAAACUUAAUGUACAUAAUGUUACAAAACAUGUAAAACAUGAGAGUGGACGCCUUCACGACUUAGCGUGGAAGGCGAAGGGUGACUUGGAAGCAAUGGAUAAAGUCAUUAAUGAUAAGCUCAAAACGGUGAAAGAGAACGUUAAUUGCAGAAUAAAAAUAGAGGUGAAUGAACUUGUCGAAAAUCUGAAGUUAAAAGUCUCGGCAAUCUUGAUACAACUUAAGCAAAUUAGUGAGAAUCUGGCAGACAGUCUGAGCAAUCUAGAAUUGUGGAUGGAAAAAACCAAACAUAUGAUUGACAAUGCAGUUGCAAAGCUUGAUUUAAUCAUCAAUAAAACUGUUGGAAGAGAAAACCGAGAAUUCAUAACAUCGAUGACGGAGCAGAUUGGAAGAGAUGUUAAACAGCUUCACAGUGCGGGACAAGAUGCGAAAAACAGAGUAGCUGCGUUGGUUAGGGAUGCACAUCUGAAAGUACGUGAGUUACAGACGGCACUGCAGUUUGAUUUGGGCACAAUUAAAGAUGAGAUCAGAAGUAAGGUCAGCAAGGUUGUCUCAGCGAUUGUGUCGCUUGGGAGACAGUUUUACGACGGUAGCAUCAAAACGCCAACAAAUAUUGAGGAGAUUAUAACACAUAUUCAAGGAGAGGUGAAAAGCAUUAAAGGGCAUGUUGGUGAACCAAGAGAACCAGGAAACCUUAAACCAACAGAUGGCAGCGUAUACCAAAAUUGGGAAGAGUUCAAAAAGAAUUUAAAAGAUCUGGUCAAUCAGAUUAAAGGAGAAAGCGUAGGUAGGGGUGUAAAUGGUAAGGGUAUAGAACAUAUUAAAACAGGAGUCAUCAAGUAUGCUGCGUCGUAUAAAGAGUCUAAAGGAGAGGACACUGGAUUCGCAAAAAUUUCGAAGGAUUGGGUCACGGAAGUAGUUGGAACAAAAGCAGUCAAAAAAUGGCUUGACAAGUAUAUUGAAGAUAAUAUUUUUAACACUUAUUUUAAUGGAGAGCUGAGUGCUAGGGGACGUGAUAGCUUAGGUACAUACGUUAUUAAAAAAGUGACGGAGCACAUACAGGAAGUGGCUGGUAAAAUCGAGCCGGAUAAAACAUUUGCUGAGAAUAACGGUCUAGAAGACUACUUACCAUACGUGAAAAAUUAUCUCAAGAAGUUUGCCACGGACGUAGUGAAUAAGCGGGAUGAGAUAAUACGGGCUUUCGAAGGUCAAGUAUUACAUGAUGUUCAGGUCGUAUCGUUUGUCAAGUCGGGUAGGCAUAAUAACACUAAUCUCAAACUUGCCGUCCAGGCCACCCUAGGUGUGCUGUCCGUUCUGGCCGAACGAGUUGCAAAGCAACUGGAGGCAUUCAUUGACGAAAGGCAAAUAAACCUCGGUGGCAACGUGACGCACAUUUCGAGCAAGGUCGAUGAAAUCGAAGAACAUGUCGACAUCCGUGCACGAAAGUACACGAAUGCUCUAGGCUAUGCAAUCGACAAAGCGCUGCAAAAUGUUCGUGGAGCAAUUAAUACGCUGUCCGGUCAGGUUGACCAGGCGCUGGAAGGCGGAUCUGUGCCCGGCCGCGAGACAAGCGAUUCAGCCGCCGCAUACGUGGACAAAAAAAUCAAACAGGUUACAGACACGCUUGACGAGCAGCUGCCGUGGGACCCUGCAGUCGUUGCAUAUAACACGCGUGGUGUCAAGCUUGAGAAACUAACCAGAUACGAGACAGGUGCGGCAGACAGCAGGAAAGGAAAGAAAAAAGAACUCGAAGAUGCCAUAACAAUAAUAGAUACUGAUGUGAAGCGUAUUCUACAGCCAUUAGACACGUUUAAUGAAAAUGCAUUAGAUCAGUUCAAAGUUGUGACUAGCAAACUUAGUGCUUUCAUGGAAGAUUAUUCUAGCGCAGCCAAUGAGAUCAAAACGAUUCUGCAGACAAUCAGAACUGAGCGAAUCGACAAUCGUUUACUCAAUUAUAUUAAGAAUGGAAUUGCAACGCUGCGAACCGUUAGGUUGAAUGCGGUCAUCAACAAGGCAGAGCAGUUUCCCGAUGAAGCGGAUGUGUUCCAAAAUAACUGCGUAGAUGUCCUAGAAAAACACGUUGAAAAUGAAGUUAACAUUGCACAUACUGCAAUUCUAUAUACAGCGCGAAGGCAUUACAUCACCACGAUCCAGUUGUUACUUCAAAGCUUCGCAUCCAAAGUGCACAGCGAAUUAGCACCCCUGCCUCAACAAAUUGAGUAUGAGAAAUUCACCGGUUUCAAAGGAUUCAUGAAUGCAUUGCACGACUCAAUGACUUCUACUAUUGGUAAUAGACUAGAUAAAGAGAAGGUACGUGACUUAUCGUCAGCCUUACAAUUAUUCUGGACACCACUCAACGAGUAUCUGCUGGGAGAAAUUAAACGAGUUCACGAAGCAAAUAACGAGAAGACCAAUCCCAAGCCAUCUGGCGACGGACAACUAUACACCUCCAAGAUUGAUUCCGUUACUAAUGAACUAAACAUUCUGCUAAAUCAUCUUUGUGAACAUAAUAGGUACGACUACCGUGUUCCUCGUAUGCUCGAAAUCCUCUUAGGAGAAGCUCAAGGUCUCCACCCUGAGUCCUUUUCUCAGCCGAACACUCCGCUGCUAGAAACCAUUGCCCACGGCUUCCGGGGUCUGGUUGGUGUACUUGGACAGGCCUACAUCUCCGCGUACGACAGUGAGACCAUCCAAUGGACAGAAACUGCCCUUAGCACCGGUUUAACACAAGACGCUCACCGCUGCGCCAAAAUAUUCUUGACCGCUUUUUCCACAAUUUACGAUGCUGUGCAUGACUUGAGGAUAAAUUGCAAUAGUCUGAGGGGACACCAAAUUCACUCGUCCUCUGAUCUCGGCGGAUUGUUCCUACGGCACGGCUUUAAGGUGUCCGCAGAAAACAAACAGCACUGGGAGCUGCAGAACAAGAGCGUCAUAAACGGUGAAUACGUCGCGAACAGACUUAGCUUUAGGGUCGAAGGUGCGAAAGACAACGAGCAUCUUAAGGAGUGCGAAUCGAAUAAACGCAAGUCUAACGUCCUUUUUAAUCUUUUCGAUAUUCUCAAAUGCAUUCUGCAUCACGUCGACCAGUACAACGCCAUAUGUCACAUCGCUAUACUCCCCAAACCUAGAACGCCAUGUACCGUUUUCGAGAUGCUGGCGUGGCUCUCAGGGCUCACUUACACUUCCGCGUACCAGGCGCUGCUAUCAGACGGGUUCACCAACGUGCUUGAUAAUCCGGAUACGCCGCUUGCUGGCGACGGAGAGAUCAGCGUAUUCGACAUCGAGCAGUCAUACCUAGAGGCGCACCCGCAGACCAUCACGUAUAAGAGCAUACGGACGGUGUUGCAAUACCUUUGUUCGAAAUCGUACGAUUUGCUUACCACCGUUGUUGGCCACGGCGACGCGGCGACAUUCUACGCUUGCGACUAUUCGAAUAACACGCUGAAUCUGUACUACCCGAGCUCCGGCGAAGAUUGUUUGCAGAUGUUGCUUGACUUCCUCCGUAGAAUUUUGCAGCCGCUCAGGUAUUUGUUUGAACGAUGCAGUGUCGCAGACAAGAACUACGGAUGGGCCGACUGCCACUACGGCAGGGACGUACCUACGACCAAAUCGCACUGCAACAUCAAGCCAACGGACGAUGUAACGUGCCUACCAAACUGUCAACCAAAUUGCAAACCAAAUUGUCAACCAACAUCGCCAUUGAUGAACUACCUAAGUGACUCUCUACUCGGCUACCUGCCACAUAGAUUGGAGUCUGUUGGAUGCAAAUCUAAAUGCUCCACCUGCCCCUCCACAUCCAGGCUGGGAAUGCCGUGCGUCACACCGCUGGGUUUCAGGGCGUUCUCCGGGUCGACCAAAACAGGCCGUCAGCUAUGUGAGAUAAUUCGCGAAUUCUUAGGUAGUGGCGUGGUUUCAUCAUUGUUUGGCUUGUCACCAACUCCGCCGAAAACGCUGCCGGAGCAUUUCAGUUUCGGGUUAAGCUUGGUUAAUAAGUGGGUCAAAGUUGCAUCUUAUAUUACUGAUGCAGGUAUAAAACCAGUAUCACAAACUAAGAUUGAAGCAUCUAUUCAGACGCUCUCCAUUAAGCUCUGCACUGACACGGGUAAGCUUACCAAUGUACUUCGUGACGCUUAUGGCAGCAGUCAGCAUGAGCACCAAGAUCAAAAUCAUCUCGAAGUCUAUGCCGAUGUAUCUAGCCUAUGCAUGACUAGAAGUUGCACCGACAGGGAUAUGCGCUGCGCUCCAUACCUAUCCACACUGUGUUCGGACACGUAUCAAUACCUUGUUCAUAAGAACUUUGCCACGUACCUUACAUGGGCUGUCUACCUGCCGUGGGAUUUCUGGAAUCAACUGAAUAAUUUGUGUAACGCAUUCAAGAACAUUUUCUGCCAAGACUGGGGAUGCCAUACGUGUCUGCGUGCUGAGAAAUGUAAGCGUGGACAGCAUGGCCUCGUCGAGAAAGUUGAGAAUCAACCUGACAAGCCUCAUUGCAAUUGUCCAUCGAUGGUUCAGUGCAAGGGUGUAUCCGCAACACUGUACCAGUUCGGUUUCUGUUUUGGUAACGCGGCGACAUUAAAUAACGAGGCAUCGGCUAAGAAGUGUUCUGAUUUCUGCUCUCAGCUGGACAAGGUGUUGAAAUCGGAAUAUUUUGUUAAGCUGUUCAAAGAAUGUGACAUAUUCAUUUGGACUAUCAGAGAACCGUUCACCUACUUGGUUCUCGCGCUCUGGUCACUAUCCCUCUUCUACCUCAUCUGCGUCAUGGUUGGCAGACUGGAUGUGCUCCACAUCCGCUCACACCUGAGAUCACCAUCAUCGCACAGGAUAACGGCGCAGUCAUUGUUGGCUGCUGCGCAAGUCGGAAGGCUUGCCAAGAUAUCGUACCUUCAACCGUGA